AUGGGCUCCAGCGAGGUUUACGCGGAAUCCUCCGGGCAGCGGUACCGGCUGCAGGUGCUCGCCGACUUCCGCGCUUUCAAGGACUUCGCCCUCUCCACAGAGGCGUGGGCAACGCACUACAAGGACUCUGUCAUUACAGUGGAGUCACGGGCACCGCAGGGACGUGCAGGAGGCCUUAAUAUUGUGCGUGUCCGUCGCGAAAUGCGGGGAAUCCCUUGUGAGGACCUUUAUGAUAACCUGCAUGACGCUGAUUUUCGAGAGGUUUGGGAUGAUAAUAUGCUUAGUGGCUACAAUAUAGUGAAACUAAAUCCCCACAAUGAUAUUGGAUAUUAUGCGGCUAAGUUUCCAUGGCCUUUGAAAAAUCGUGACUUUUGUAAUAUGCGUUCAUGGAUGGAAUUUAGUAAUGGAGAUUUUAUUAUAUUUAAUCAUUCUGUUACUCACAAUGAUUGUCCUGUGAAGAAAGAUUUUAUUCGGGCCAAAUCAAUUCUUACAGGUUAUUUAAUUCAACCAUUAGAUGAAGGUGGAUCUCUCCUUACUUAUAUAACACAUAGUGAUCCAUGUGGAUCUAUUCCGCAUGCUAUUAUUAAUUUUACUGCAACUAGACUUGUACCAAAAUUAAUGAACUUAUGUGAACAGUGUUCUAAAGAUUACCCAGAGUUUGCAAGAACACAUCACAGUGUACCCCGGGAUGCUCUUCCAUGGCGUACUCCAAAGAUGAACUGGGAUAGUAAGUAUAAUUUUCCUGAAGAUGAACUGGCUGCUAAGGCGGCAGCAGCAGCAGCAGCACCAGCAUCGACUGCUGAAAAUAUGGACAAUCAGGAAAAUAAUAAUGAUGAAAAUACAGGUAAUCAAGGACAAGGAAAUACAACAGCAAUAACAAAUGGAUCAUUACCGCGACACCAACCUUUAGCGGUAACUGGUGGUAGGAUGACAGAGUCACUGUCUCUUGCACCGGUAGCACCCAAUCGAGAUGAUGAUACAGUUGCUCUUCAGCAAUAUAGAGCACUUAUGCAAGAUGCCAUGAAUACUGUCGAUAGAACAUUUUUGCAAGAUGGAAGGAUGCCCACGCUAACGGAUUAUUUAACACGAAUGGCAUUCAUUAUUGAUGGCAUUAGACAAACCACACCACAAUAA